GGCGCAUGCGCGUGCAAUGGAGGAAAAAGUUGAGGGAAAAUCGAAAGUGCAAACUUUAAUGCCAGAUAAUUCAUCUCAGACUGAUUUGAAAUCUGCCAUAGAUAGACAAGUUGUUAAUGCAGUAGAAGCAGAUGAGAGAAGUAUUGAAGCUUUACUUGACCCAGUGCAUGUUGCUCCUCUACAUACAGUGUUGACUGAUGCAAGCCAGUAUGCUUACUGUGGAUUAUGUGCCAUCACACUCCUUCACCUCAGCACAUUGGAGCAUGAAAAAAAGUUUGCCCAAAAGCUGAUGGAGGAAUUUUUGGCCCAUAUGAAGCAGCCCAAACAAGUUCAUUCCUCUAUCGUAGCUAUUCUGAAUGGCCAGGGUUGUGAUAAUGCUGAUGCCUUUAUUGAGGUGUUGAAGGAUGAUGUGGCAAUGAAAUCUAACAAAUACAUCAUAUCUAAUGACCUCAUUGCAUUUGCACUUAAAGAUGGAGCAUAUGAUGCCAGAACAAGGAUGUUCAUCCGCCAUGUUGCAUUUCGAUUGGGGCUGGACUGGGACAAAAUUGAAGAAUUUGAAGAAACAGUGGUCGAAAAGCUGAAAGAAGUUGAACACAAACAAACAGAGGAAGAACUAAAGGAGAAAAAGAGUAAGGAAACUAAGAAGAAAGUUAAGAGGGCUGUACUUAUAGGCCUAGCUACAGUUGGAGGUGGGACUCUUAUAGGUUUGACAGGUGGGCUAGCAGCACCUCUGGUAGCAGCUGGAGCAGGUGUGAUUAUAGGUGGAGCUGGGGCUGCAGCGUUAGGGUCGACAGUUGGAGUUGCAAUCAUAGGGUCUCUCUUUGGCGUGGCAGGUGCAGGGUUGGCAGGAAGUAAAAUGAAGAAGAGGGUGGGUGCAGUUGAGGAGUUUGAAUUCGAGGCUCUUUCAGAGGGGAGUCAACUUCAUGUGACAGUGGCAAUAUCAGGCUUUCUUACAGCUACUCAUAAAGAUUUCAAGUAUCCAUGGAGAACUUUAGACAACUCUAAGGAGCAGUACUUCUUGAAGUGGGAGACUAAGUAUCUGCUGGAACUAGGUAAUGCCAUGGACUAUCUAGUCAACAUUGCAAUGACAAUGGCUGCUCAAGAGGCACUCAAAUAUACCAUAUUAUCAGGAUUGUUGGCUGCGCUGGCUUGGCCUGCAACACUGAUUAGUGCAGCUAACCUGAUAGACAAUCCGUGGGGAGUGUGCGCGAAACGAUCAGAUGAAGCUGGCCAGCAACUUGCAGAGGUGUUAUUAUCAAGGCAACAGGGUAAACGUCCAGUGACACUUGUAGGGUUCAGCUUGGGAGCCAGGGUGAUAUUCAAGUGCCUUACUGAGAUGUCCAAACGUAAAAAUUGUGAGGGUAUCAUAGAGGAUGUUGUCAUGUUGGGGACUCCAGUAUCAGCUGACCCUAAACAAUGGCAGUGUUUCUCAAAGGUUGUUGCCGGGAGGAUCAUCAAUGGCUAUUGCAGAUCAGAUUGGUUGCUGAAGUUCAUAUAUAGGACAUCAUCGGUGCAGUUGAACAUAGCUGGCCUACAGCCUAUAAAGUGGCGGGAUAGACGCAUGUGUAACAUGGACUUAACUGAUGUGGUUGAAGGUCACAUGGAUUAUUCAAACAAGAUUGAUGAGAUCUUAAAAGUGGUCGGUAUUAAAACAAAAGAGGUUGACGAGGACCCAAUUGAUGAAGUUGAGGAGGCUGAGGAAAUCGAGGAAGGAGGUGAUGUAGCAAAAGAAAUAACAGCUGAACAAGAAUCCAAAAAGAUCCACACAUCAUCAUCUUUACAGGAGGUCAUCAAGGCUUCCAGAAAUCAAAAGAGUCUGGCUGUGGUGUUGCCAGAGACCUUGAAACAGUCUAAAAGUGAAGGUGAUAUUGAAAUACCUGUAAAUGAGACAGAAUCCAUUAAACUAAACGAGUCUAGUCAUUCCAAACAUACAAAUGAGAAUAAGACCAUCACAGUUCAAGAAUCAUCAGCAUCAUUGGACUUGAAAGCUAGCAACACCUCAGAUGCUUCCAUUGUGCCAAAAGAUUCCCAAGUUAGUGGAAUAAGUGUAUGUGUAAGUGAAUCUGAGGGAUUAAAUCAAACUUUGGCUCAAAGCAAGGAUCCACCUAACAACAGUGAUCCUCCAAUAAGUGGAGAAAUGCAGGGUUCAAAAAAUGAAACAAAUUAUGUUCCAAGUAUAAAUUAAAAUCAAAGAAAUGUCAGUAUGUAAUGUACAUGGUCAUGCUUGGGUAAAGGAAAAAGGAAUUAAAAUAAACAGAUAAAUGAGUGUUGUAUCAGAGUCUGGCCAAUCAAACAAUUCUCUCAAUGGAGAUAUAAUCAUGGUUUCGUCAGUGGAGUUAGUAGUCAUACAAGGUUAAAGUGCAGUUAUAACAAGAUCCAUAUCCCUCAGUAAAUAUGUUGUAUAAAAUAACACAAACUUUGUUAGGAUUUCCAAAAUCAAUCAAAACCAUGGAUACAAUGACAUUAUAGUGAGAGAACAAUGGACUUGACUAAUUCCUAACUUUAAAAAUUUCUGUUAAUGGACACAAAGCUUUCUUUUAUCUGUGACUGUGUCACAUAAAAUCACUGUUCGAUAUAUAUUUCUAUUUGUCUUGUACUAAGAUGGAAUAUGAUUUAAGUAGCUAUACUGUAUCUAUUUGUCUUUGACUAAGAUGGAAUAUGAUUUAAAUAGCUGCACUGUAUCUAUUUGUCUUUUGUAUUAUGAUUUAAAUAGCUACACUGUAUCUAUUUGUCUUUGACUAAGAUGGAAUAUGAUUUAAAUAGC